AUGGGGUCUCUAAUGGCCUCUAUUUCUCUCACUCUUGCAUUAGCCAUAAUCUUUUUCAGUCUCCCAUUUGAAAUUUCAGGAGACCACUAUGUCUCUCCACCACCCCCUUACAAGUACCACUCUCCUCCACCUCCAACACCAAAGAAACCUUACAAGCACCCAUCUCCACCACCACCACAACCCAAAAAGAAACCAUACAAGUACCCAUCUCCUCCACCUCCACUGCACAAGAACCCUUCCCCUAAGCCUCAUCCAGUGCACCACUCUCCUCCACCACCACCACCUAAUAAGCCAUACAAAUACCCUUCCCAUCCACCACCUCCACCUAAGAACCCGAACAAAUACCCUUCCCAUCCACCACCACCACCUUCUAAGUCGUCUUAUCCACACAACCCUCCUCCUCCUCCACCUUACCACCACUAG